AAAUGUGUUAUGAUGCCCCUCUGCAAACACACACCGAGCGGAUCGUCCGAGGCUGCGGGAGCACACUGUGGCACCGGGGCGGACUCUCUGUGAAAUGCUGCCUCCCUUGCACGGCUGCGGAUUCGCCGUGCGCGAAGUCUGGCUGCAAAUCAGAUCAGGAGUCUCUCUCUGGGGGAUUUGAGCUGUGAUGGACAGCUGUUGGACAUUGAUUCGGGGCAGAGGUUGGCGAUAAAUUAACCGCACGGUGACACGAGACUACAACAUGGACCAAGGAGCUGUUUUCUGUGGCUGCCAGAGGAGGAGGAGGAGCGGCUGAGUUUUUCUCCUCCGCUCCGAUCAGCGCAAGUGUGCGAGCAUCGUGAUGAUGCUUUUUGGCCAAACGUGAGGCUCUCCCCUUCCGUCCAGGGCUGCAAUGUUUGGUCAGUACAGGUGCAUGAAGACUUGACGGGGCCAAACAUGGGAUUCACCUUUUCAUUCCGCUCCACCUCUGUCUUUUCUGCCCACAAACCGCUUACAGGAAACAUGUCCGCACAUAUAACGGAUCCGCGGCGUAAUUGAUGGUGUUGCGCUAUGAUCUCUGGGGACUAUUUGAGUUGUGUAAUGGUUUUAUUUCAUUCACAGCGCGCGCUGCCGUGCAACCUCUCCAUGGAUGGCAGUUAAUUGGGCCCAAUGAUGUAGAGCCAAAUCCACCUGGAUCUAAUGUUCCCUCCUUCUCGUGGUGAAACUAGCUCCCCUGUGACUUCUGCGCAUGUUCAAUUGUUUUUAUUCCCAGAGCUUUUCACCACUCCUGGUUAUUACUUUUUUGGGUAAUCUCAUCUAGACAAAUGCUUGGAGGCUAAACCGGUGACAGUUUGAAUCAUGUGACCAACUAUGGAGAAUCCACUUUAUGAAUCUUCUGGAAUAAAAGAUUAUUUGUUGACAUAAUUUUUUUCAGUGGAACAAACUUUUUAAGCAGUUUAUUUAUAGUGGCACAUUUCUGUUCCCCCGCUAUGUCCAGAUCAAAUAGUGUCAGCCCACCCGGGGUCGGUGCGCCCGGGCUGAGGGGAGGGACCGAGCACAGAUCAGCUUGGGGAGAGUCUGAGUCUGUGGCCAACGGGUGCCCAUACUCCAACAGGACCCCGCGAAAGAAGCUCACCCGGACCAACAGUCGGUGGCGAGAAGAGGAUGAUCUGGACCACCGGCAACCGGGGAGAGCCACGACCACCGUCAGCAGGGUCAGCUUCAGGUCCAGGUCCGCUUGGCAGGACCAUGGCGAGGACAACAAAAACCGCGCGUCCCCUAAACGUCCAGACGGCGAGGUGAGACCCAAAUCCGUGGAACUGGGUCUGGAGGAGCGCAGAGCCAAACCGAGGACCGACGAGGAGGAGGUCAUGCCCGAAGUUAACUUUUCUUUAGUGGCGUGCUGCAUCAGCGUCAUGCACAUUUUCAAAUCCAAGAAAUUCCAGUCGGAGAAGUUGGAGCGGCUCUACCAGCGCUACUUUUUCCGUCUCAACCAGAGCAGCCUGACUAUGCUCAUGGCCGUGCUGGUGCUGGUCUUCACCGUCAUGCUGGGCUUCCACUGCUCCGGUGGUGGGACGGCGAGGCCGAGCGUAACGUACGUGGUUGUAUUCUCUGUAGCCAUCUUCCUCACACUCAUCCUCAUGGUGGUCUGCAACAGGAACGGGUUCCACCAGGACCACAUGUGGAUUGUGUGCUACGUGAUCAUCCUGGUGGUGCUAGUGAUCCAGGUGAUCGGGGUGAUGCUGGUGCAGCCCAGAAGUGCCUCUGAGGGGAUCUGGUGGACGGUGUUCUUCAUCCAUGUCAUCUACACGCUGCUGCCCGUCAGGAUGCGCGCCGCCGUCAUCACUGGGAUUAUACUUUCUGCAAUCCACGUGGCUGUUUCUUGGAAAUUAAACGACAUGGACAGCUUUGUUUGGAAACAGAUAGUGUCCAACGUGCUGAUCUUUUCCUGCACCAACAUUGUGGGCGUCUGCACCCAUUACCCAGCAGAGGGUUCCCAGAGGCAGGCCUUCCAGGAGACCAGGGAAUGCAUCCAGGCCCGCCUCCACUCACAGAGAGAAAACCAGCAGCAGGAACGUCUUCUGCUCUCAGUGCUUCCACGCCACGUUGCCAUGGAGAUGAAAGCCGACAUAAAUGCCAAGCAGGAGGACAUGAUGUUUCACAAGAUCUACAUCCAGAAGCACGACAACGUCAGCAUCUUAUUUGCAGACAUUGAAGGUUUCACCAGCCUGGCGUCCCAGUGCACAGCGCAGGAGCUGGUGAUGACUCUGAAUGAACUCUUCGCCCGCUUUGACAAGCUCGCAGCGGAGAACCACUGUCUGCGAAUUAAGAUCCUGGGAGACUGCUACUACUGUGUGUCUGGGCUGCCGGAGGCGAGGGCCGACCACGCCCACUGCUGCGUAGAGAUGGGGAUGGACAUGAUAGAGGCCAUCUCGCUGGUGCGUGAGGUGACUGGGGUGAAUGUAAACAUGCGAGUGGGCAUCCACAGCGGCAGGGUGCACUGCGGGGUGCUGGGACUCAGGAAGUGGCAGUUUGACGUCUGGUCCAAUGACGUAACAUUAGCCAAUCAGAUGGAGGCUGGGGGUAAAGCUGGACGUAUCCAUAUCACUAAGGCCACUCUGAAUUAUCUGAACGGGGACUACGAUGUGGAGCACGGAGCAGGGGGAGAAAGAAACCCUUACCUGAAGAAGCACAAUAUAGAAACCUACCUCAUUGUGGGCAGCAGUGAGAAAAGGAAAGAGGAGAAGGCGAUGAUCGCCAAAAUGAACCGACAAAGGACCAAUUCUGUCACCCACAACAGCGGCCACUGGACCGACCGCCCGUUCUACAACCAUCUGGGAGGGAACCAGGUCUCUAAGGAGAUGAAGAGGAUGGGCUUUGAAGACCCCAAAGACAAGCAUUUCAUUUUCAGAAACACGCAAGAAUACCUGAACCCGGAGGACGAGGUGGACGAGUUCCUGGGCCGCGCAAUCGACGCACGCAGCAUCGACCGCCUGCGCUCCGAACACGUCAAAAAGUUUCUGCUCACCUUCAGAGAGCCUGACCUGGAGAAAAAGUACUCCAAACAGGUGGACUCCAGGUUCGGGGCGUACGUGGGAUGCGCCUCGCUCGUCUUUCUCUUCAUCUGCUUCAUCCAGAUCGUCAUUGUACCAUCCUCCAGUCUGAUGAUCGGCUUCUUCAUCACCUGUCUCAUUAUCCUGAUGGCUGUCAUGUUCAUCUCAACUGUGUACUGCUGUUUCGGGCUCUUUCCCAUCCCUCUGCAGACUCUUUCUAAGAGGAUAGUCCAGUCCAGACUGAACAGCACCCUGGUGGGCGUCUUCACCAUCAUCAUCGUCUUUCUUUCUGCUUUCAUCAAUAUUUUCACCUGCAGCAGCAUCAACCUGCGGAGCUGCAUCGGGGCGGAGCUCAACCUCAGUCGGUACAUUGUGAACGCGUGUCACGCCCACCUACUCAACUACAGCCUGGACACACAGCAAAACCCCUGUGGAGACAACAGCCUCAUCUGCAGCUUACCUGAGUACUUCUCCUCCUGCGUGCUGCUGAGCCUGCUGGCCUGCUCCGUCUUCCUGCAGAUCAGCAGCAUUGGUAAACUCUUCCUCAUGCUCUUCAUCGAGCUGCUCUACCUCCUUGUAAUGGAGGUGCCCAAAGUGAGCCUCUUCGACAACCAGGACCUGCUGGUGAUGGCCAACGCCGUCAACUAUAUCGAGCACAUAAAUGGAACAAGCUGUGUGGUAGACUCCAAGGUUCCUCUGAAGAUCAUGACCCCGGUGGUCAUCACCGUCUUCGUCCUCGCCCUCUACCUUCACGCCCAGCAGGUGGAGUCCACCGCCAGGCUCGACUUCCUCUGGAAGCUGCAGGCCACAGAGGAGAAGGAGGAGAUGGAGGAGCUUCAGGCUUAUAACCGCCGUCUGCUCCACAACAUCCUGCCCAAAGACGUGGCCGCCCACUUCCUGCAGCGCGAGAGACGCAACGACGAGCUCUACUAUCAAUCCUGUGAGUGUGUGGCCGUCAUGUUCGCCUCCAUCAGCAACUUCUCCGAGUUCUACGUGGAGCUGGAGGGCAACAACGAGGGAGUGGAGUGUCUGCGGCUGCUCAACGAGAUCAUCGCCGACUUCGAUGAGAUCAUCAGUGAGGAUCAGUUCCGUCAGCUGGAGAAGAUUAAGACCAUCGGCUCCACCUACAUGGCGGCCUCCGGCCUCAAUGACUCCACCUACGACAAGGCCGGGCGCUCGCACAUCCGCGCCCUGGCUGACUACGCCAUGAGGCUGAUGGACCAAAUGAAAUACAUCAACGAACACUCGUUCAACAACUUCAAGAUGAAAAUAGGUCUUAACAUCGGCCCUGUGGUUGCCGGGGUGAUUGGGGCCAGGAAGCCUCAGUACGACAUCUGGGGGAACACGGUGAACGUGGCAAGUCGCAUGGACAGCACAGGAGUCCCCGAGAGGAUCCAGGUGACGGCAGACCUGUACCAGGUACUGAGCUCCUAUAACUACACUAUGGAAUAUAGAGGUUUGGUCACAGUCAAGGGCAAAGGAGAGAUGAUGACCUAUUUCCUCACCAGUGGACCUCCAAGCAGUUAACCCCAACUACGUGACUAACAGACACACUGGGGGUUGGCGCCUUAACUCCGCCUCUGACAUAACGAGCAGGCUCACAGACCUCUGAUAGCUUACGGCGGACUGAGACAGACUGAUGCGUCCCCUCUCACAGCGCCGAUCCUUGCUUAAGCCCACUGAGGCCACAGCGGAUGAGAAAAUUCAUCCAAAAGCUCAGCCUGCGGAGGAGACUGUAAAGUGGGUGAGGCCUCGCUAGCUUGAAUCUGCCAUUGAGACCAAAGAUGUCCAAUCAGUGCAUAAAGACAGAUGUUGCCGGCUGUGUGGGUCCUAAAAGAAGAAUGUUUUACAUGCUUCGAUCUGCCUGAUUUUCAGAAGGUUUCGGGACAAACCUACAGCAGGACAUGACCUAUGCCACUUCCUCUUUUCUCUCUGCCUUUCUCCUGCUGAAGUAUACAUGUACAUGUAAAACAUAGCCUGUUUUAUGUGUAUGUAUAUGGUUUUAUGUACUGUAUGUUGAACACAUUAUGUCCAUGUCGUCGUGGUACAAAUCUCUGAGUGUGGACACUCCGCCAGCACCGCAGCACUAUCCGUCCCUGUAUCGAUAUCUGAUUACAGUUAUUAACAGAUCGACAGUAAGUUGUGUCUUACCAGCGAGAAAAAAACGCAUCUACAGAAAGUUUCUUCACAAACGUACACUACAGUAUCGUCUGCAUACACACACACACACACACACACACACACACACACACACACACACACUAACACACACACACGAAACACAAAGAGGAUGUCAAUGAAGAGCUUUUUUCUAAUCUUCGACAUUUUGUAUUUUGACUUCAGAACACCAAACCCUAUCAGAUAUUUUAAGAUUCUAUAUUUUGUACAUUAAUAUAUUAGAGAGCUAUCUAUAAACACCAAUGUGUAUUCAGAUGUACAUACUCUAUCACCCUCAUGGUGGGAUUUAAGAAGUCCUCGCUGGUGUUGCCUGGUCUCAGCUGACAAAUGCCCCUGAAUGCCUGCUUUUCUUGCUCUUUUUUUAUGAAAUUGAGCAUCUGCAGGAAGUUAAACACUUUCUGAUUAGAUGGCGUUUAUGAUUAUAACCGUCAAACCAAGUGUUUGCACUUUGAAUGGCAGGCUAGAGGACACGAAUGCAUCUGUCUUUCUGCACUCCAGUGCUUUCAGCCGUCCAUCCCUUUCUGCAUCGCUCCACAGACACCACCUUGCUUGCUCAAUCAGAUGGUACGACCCAAUGAAUGUCCAUGAUCUCCGAUGAGGCCUUUUAAUAUGAACUCUAUACUGACGAUGGUGAUGAUGCUCAUCCUGUGGACAGGGACGGACGAGCCCAUGUGUGGAAAUGUUCCUUUUAUCUGCUGUUUUCUUUUUCUAAUCGGAGCAGUUUUCUUCAGUAUUACGGCACUACUCAGCAUGUCAUCAGACAAACUGUCUUUAACCUGCAGGUUUCAUACCUUUUUUUCCCUUUUUAAGAAAAAGUUAGUACCAAACACUACAGCUGGUUCUGUUUGUCUUGGCUGAGUCACAGAGUUCAGUAAUCAGUAAAUGUCUGGACAGUCUCAAGUUUUCACCUGAGAAUAUUGAGGAAUAUGGCAAAUUAAAGAUGGAAUCGUAAAGGAUAAAUCUAGUAUUAUUCCAUUUUUUUGUUUGUUUUUGUCAGCAAAUGUAAUGAGAAAAACAAUCAUUAAAAUAAAUUUGUUCUUGUCCAAACAUGAACCUCUAAUACUGUAAACACUAAUUUUUAGCAAACGUUAACACACUUAUUGGGACUAUUAUUAGUGUAUUUAAUACACAAUUGGAUUUGUAAGGAGUCUCUGCCAAUAUGGGUAAUUUUUUACUUUUACAAUGUUUGAAUUAAUAAUUUAAUCAAUCAAUCAAUAAAGACAUUAUGAUAGUUAAUAUGAAUAAAAAUGAUGCACAGAAAACUAGUGAUAACAGUAGUUAUUGUUUUAAAAAUAUAAUUAAAACCCUGCUGCAGUUCUGUGGGCUGAACUUAAAUUUGUAUUUAAAUUUAAAUCACUAAAUUAAAUUGACCUGGCAAUAAAAAUAAAUGCAUACAUUUAAUUAAGUUGAAUUUAGCAUUUUAAAAAUAUUUUAAAAUAAGUUUCAUUAAACAUUCUAUUUAUUUGAUGAUUUAAAUACUUUGAUUUAUUAAAUAGAUUGUAGAUUUGAAAAUGUAAAUGUAAACUUUUUUUAAUUACAGUUUUAUCAUGCAUUAUUUAAAUGCAAAUAUAGUUCAUAUAACAAGUUUCACAGUUUUUGCUUUUAGUUUCCUGUUGGAAAGCAAAAGGAAAACUUGACAUUUAGUCCAGACAUUUGCUGCUUUAAACCCAUAGAAUGCCAUUACCCUUGCACUGGUCCACUCUGGUGGUUUCUGUUUUGUUCAUGUACUGUACUACUGGAAACAAUAUCUUCACACUCCACCACUAAAACUUGUCAUGCCAUUUGACUCAUUCAAUGCAGUGCCACUUCACGCCCAUGUGAGCCCCUUUUUCUACUGUUGAUUGUCCAGAAAUGUGCCAUUAGAAAACACACAGGGGGUUUGAAAGAAGACAUUGAUCAGAGAUGAGAGGUGAAACUUCAAGCUGGAUUUUGUGUUAGAUUUAAAGAGUAAAAACUCUCCAUUCUUUUAAUUUCUACAGCUGAGUAUCCUCACGAUAAGAUGACAUCGUCUGUGACAGAAACAUCUUCAGAGACAAACAGAUGGUUGUUUUUGUUGUCAUGCCAAACACUAUGCUCUUUUCUUUUUCUUUCUUUCUUUCUUUUUUUUUUUUUUUACAGUCAAAUAAACUGCUGAAAUGUUUCACAGGUUAUUUCAUCUGGAUUCUUUUCUGCAUAACCUGCUGGUUUGAUUUGUGCAAGCUGUUGUCUGCAUACUCACAAGAUAUCCAAACUAAAAGUUCUGCAUGAAAACUAGUCCUCUAUCCCUUAAAAUGAUUUGUACUGUUGUCAUUUGAAUGUAGGUUGCAAAGACAAGAUAUGUAAUAUUCAAACUGGGAAACCUUUGUCUUUUUGUAAAUGUAUACACUCAUUAUUAUUUUAGUUGAGUUUAAACAAGUCAGUCUCCAUGCACAAAGCCAGGUCUAUGAACAAACUAGGGCUGGAAAAUGACAAUUAUUGGUGUGAAUGCUUAAGGUAUUGUUCAGGAGUUUGUGGUUUCCAUCAGUGGUGGAAGAAGUAUUCAGAUCCUUCACUUAAGUAAAAGUACUAAUACCACACUGUGAAAUUACUCCACUACACGUAAAAGUCCUGCAUUCAGAACUCACUGAAAUAAAAGUACUUAAGUAUCAGCAUCAAAAUGUACUAGUAGUAUCAACAGUAAAACUACUUAUGCAGAAUGAACCCACUCAGAUUGUUAUAUAUAUUCCAAUAUUAUUUUUGAUGAAUUUAUGUAAGUAGCAUUUUAAUGUUGUCUAGGUAGGGCUAAUUUUAAUAUACUUUUAUGUGGUUUAAUUUAUAAACUUGUUCAU